CCCGAACACAUGUGGAGGCCCGAGCGGCUGUAGAGGGAGAGGCCGAGGCUGUCACUGGUGAAGGAGGUUCAUCAUCAGCAGCAGCUGCUGCCGCUGUUGUUUGCAAUGUACUUAUGACAGCAGCCAUGAAGCACAGGAAAGAGAAGUCUUGCUGGUUGUUAACAUGAUGCAGUGGAAAAUGUCUUAACCUGAGGUAGCGAUGGUUAUUCCUUAAACAAAAGUUGAUUCUUUCGACAAUAAAGAUGUCAGAGGUACAAGCAACUGUGGAAUUCUCAGUGGAGUUACAUAAGUUCUACAAUGUGGAUCUCUUUCAGAGGGGGUUUUACCAGAUUCGUGCCACGAUGAAAUUGCCGCCCAGGGUUCCACACAAGUUGGAGGCCAGCCUACUGAAUCCAGCAGGUUCUGAUCUUGCCUUCCCCCCUUCUGUCCACGAUUGCACAGCGUGCAGCAAAACCUUUCAGAUUCUUUAUAAAAAUGAAGAGAUUGUUGUCAAUGACGUCUUGCUCUUCAAAGUUAAAAUAUUGCUCGAUGGCAAGAAGAUUGAAGAUUCCCUCAAUGAAAUGGAUUUCCAGUUAACUUUAGAUCUCAAUUUUACUGACAAAGAUUUUACAUCCGAUGACCUGAAUUCUCUGCAGCUGAUCAGUAGUCGGACCUUGAAACUGCACUUUAGUUUACAUCGUGGACUUCAUCACCACGUCAAUGUCAUGUUUGAUUAUUUCCACCUUUCUGUUGUAUCUCUCACGAUUCACGCCUCAUUGGUUGCCCUUCACCAACCUCUGAUAAGCUUUCCUCGUCCAAUGAAGAGCACUUGGCUGAACAGAAACGCACCAGCCCAGAACAAGGAUUAUGUAAUUCCUUCUCUUGAAAGUGUGGUGUUUGGCAGCACCUACACCAAGCAGCUGUCGACUGAUGGAAGCAAUUUUGUGGUGCCAGAGAGCUGCGUACAACAUGCCUACAGUUUCCAUCACAAUCUGUGUGUAAACUUGCUGCUAGCUUACAAGGGCCUCUUUAAUUACUUCACCAUGGUGACAAAAGAACUUCCCACAUCUCGCAGAAUGGAACUGGCCAUGACCAACAUGCAGGUCCUUUAUGAACGACUUCUCAGAAGAGACUAUCCAAGAACCCAAAGAGACGUCUUAAUAGAGGAGAUUAAUGUUGAUGGCCGACUUGCGGAACUUUGUGAGCAGAUAAAGCUGAGAGUGGAAACCCCUGAUGAGCUGGCGGAGCUUGUGAACAUGGAUCUGGCUCAGCUUUGCUCUCUGCUGAUGGCUCUCUGGGCUCAGUUCAUAGAGAUCGUGUCGCUGCAAGGAGAAAUUAUUGCCCUGUUAGCAAAGGAACACCAUACACUUCGAGUAAGAAGAUUUUCAGAAGCUUUUUUUUGCAUGGAACAUCCGAGGCAAGCCGCUCUGGCGUAUCAGGAACUGCAUGCACAAAGUCACGGACAGAUGGCUGCAGCUUUGAAGAAUUCUGCCUAUUUCAAUAUCCUUCCACCUCUCCCCGUGGAAUGUGCUGAAUUGGAUGGAGACGUCAACUCACUGCCCAUCAUCUUUGAAGACAGAUACCUGGAUUCUGUACUGGAAGACUUGGAUGUUCCCUGGAGUGGUGUUCAGAAUGUAAGAAGAUCGUCCAUUUCUACCAAAGCGGAGAAGUCUGACUCAAGAGAAAGUAGCGUGCUAGGCUUGUCCAGCCCUGAUUUGAAAAGUAGACCUCCUAACGUCUCCAGCAUUAAGCAGAGUGAGAGUGAGAAGCAGCAGGCGAAACAGCACAAAGCGAAGGCUGAAGAACACAACAGAUCCAAAGUCAAGGUGACCAAAGUCAAGAAAACCAUGAAGCCUGAGAACUGCAAAAAACUGGUGAAGCAGACCUCAAAGGACUCCGUGAUUUUGGUGGGUUACAAGUGCUUGAAAAAUAUAAGCUUGGGAGACGUGAGUAAUUAUGCAGAAUGCGGACCUUCGAUGUGUCCUGACGAUGGGCAGGUCCCCACCAACUCAGGAGCUGAGACUCGAUCAAAGGUCAUCUCUCGGCAGUCAAGUCAGAAUAAAGAACUCAUACCUCUACUGUCAAGUACAGAAAAAAACUUAGAGUCCACAAGAGCUAAAUGUCUUGAGGAAUUUGAUGGCAUCGUUGAUAUGGAAAAUGUAGAAUGUCCUAUAAACGUGUCGUUUGGUCUGUUCCAGGCAGGCACUGGAACUCUGGCUGAUUGCAUAGGUCCUGCUGAAUGUUCGUCUGAUGGUUUCAGUAGCCAACAAACGACACCAGUAUCGGGAGUCAAACAUAUUGAAGUUCAACCAAGAAGUAAAGACCUUUAUGAAGGGGAAAAAGUAACCGUAAUUAUGGCCUCCAAAGCUCCCGCUAAAGAUGGAGCACCUCAGGACAGUCAUCAGUCUCCUGAAGCACAGCAUUUGGAUUCUGGAAUCUAUUCUACACCUUUGGAAAAAGUUACACUACACAAUAUGACUGUUCAACACCCCACUACAUGUGAGCCUGCACAUCCAACAGCGUGUUCGAAAGGGGUGAAUUUGGUGAUAAGUGGAGAUACCAUUAAACUGCCUGACGUUUGCGUCACUUGUUCGUCCAGAGUUUCAGACUCGGGGAUCGAGAGUGAACCUAGUUCAUUUGCUUUUCAAACCGACGUAGACUUGGGGGCUGAGCCCGAAUCAGAGAAAGGCCCUCUCCUCAGUGAAAAGCUUUGCUCGCAGCUGCUGCUAAAACCGGAGUCGAGCUUGAAGAUUGUGAUGGACGGCCACUGUACAGAGAGCACAAGUGCCGUGAGUGAAAUACAGUCAUCAUUAACGUCUAUAAACUCCCUGCCUUCAGACGAUGAGGAGCAGCCGGUUGACAAAUGCUUGAAGGUUGCUGCUAUAGUGGCACAACAACCUAGCGAACAACAGCCCGAACUUCCUUUAGAUCAGCUAAAAACCGGCACAGUUAAUACAGCCAGUGUAAUAGUACAAAGAGAAAGUGUGAUGUUUGGAGAUAAUGCAGGGACUGUAAACUCUACUACAAUUGGUGCAAUAUCAGGGCAAGACUUCCAUAGUGACACUGACUCUGCAGUUAAACAAGAAGCCAACUGCAGCCAUCUACAGGAAGACAAUGUUUCAGUCAUUGUCGCGGAGGUUCAAGACUCCAGUGAAGUUCUCAGUUUAGAAAAAUCGACCGAUAAACAUGUAAUUCAACUGAACUCUGAAGCGAUCCAUCUCAAUGAGACAAGCUCGUCAACUUCAGAUUCAGGGCAGGUUAACACACACUACAACCCUGGCGAGGGUUCAGAAUCAUGUCCAAAGGAACUUGUGGGUGUACGUCAGCUACAGGAGGUACUGCCACUGCCCGAAGGAGAUGACACAGCGAUUACAAGCCUGUCAGCUGCCAGCAGCACCGACAUAGUCAAACAAGGAUUGGUGGAGAACUACUUUGGAUCGAGAAGCAACACAGACCUUUCUGACAUCAGUCCCGGAGGGGGUGGUACGGGCAGCUUGUCCACCAGCCCCCAAAACGAGCCUGUCACCCUCGCUGUUGCUCUUGCCCAGGAGGAGGACGACGAGGAGGAGACGGAGAUGAUAGAGAACGGCUAUUAUGAAGAGGACGAGGCUGCCUACAAUGAUGUCCACACGGUGCAACUGGAGAUGAUCAGUGGCGACCGCACUAAGGAAGGAGCGAGCCUGCCGGUGGCUUGCACUCCCAGCUGUUUAUCAUUUUCAUCAGUUGCGAAGAAUUCGCCAUCCAGUAGCGGCCUUGCCUCUGCAGCCAACCUCGAUGCCAUCACAAAGCAACCCAGCAGUGCUGUAUUCAGCUCCACUGCACCAAUCUCCUGGUACGAUGACGCUGCCCCAAAGGGACAAAUGCAGAUUUUUCUUCAGGCCAAAGAAGAGUUGAAGCAGCUGAAGUUUCCUGGUUUUAUGUACAGUGACGUGUCCGAUUUGGCCUCCACGAUCCCCUACUUCAGCAUGGAGGAAGAUGAGAAUCUGGAAGAGGGCAUCCAUUUAAUAGUCUGUGUCCAUGGAUUGGAUGGUAACAGUGCAGAUCUUCGCUUGGUUAAAACCUACAUUGAACUGGGAUUACCAGGAGUACAAAUCGAUUUCCUCAUGUCCGAGCGAAAUCAGAACGACACGUUUGCAGACUUUGAUUCCAUGACCGAUCGUCUUUUGGAUGAGAUCAUACAGUACAUUCAGAUCUACAACCUCACCAUUUCUAAAAUCAGCUUCAUAGGACAUUCUUUAGGUAAUUUAAUCAUUCGGUCAGUUCUUGCAAGGCAACGCUUUAAAUUUUACCUGAACAAGCUGCACACUUUCCUUUCGUUGUCUGGACCUCAUCUGGGUACGUUGUACAACAGCAGCGCUCUCGUCAACACAGGUCUCUGGUUUAUGCAGAAAUGGAAGAAGUCUGGAUCCUUGCUGCAGCUGACGUGCAGAGAUCACUCUGAUCCGCGACAGACUUUUCUCUAUAAACUCAGUAAAAAAGCAGGUCUUCAUUACUUCAAAAAUAUCGUGUUAGUUGGCUCUUUACAAGACCGCUAUGUCCCCUACCACUCCGCUCGCAUUGAGAUGUGCAAAACUGCUUUAAAGGACAAACAGUCAGGACCAGUGUACGCCGAGAUGAUCCAGAACCUUCUGCUGCCUGUGCUGGAGAACAAGGAAUGCAAUCUGAUCCGAUAUGACGUGAUUCACGCUUUGCCCAACACAGCAAACUCCCUCAUAGGACGAGCUGCCCACAUCGCAGUUCUGGACUCCGAAAUCUUUUUGGAGAAGUUUUUUCUGGUCGCUGGCCUUAAGUACUUUCAGUAGGAAUGCGUGCCAUAAGCUGUUACCUCGUCAUUCAACAGAAACACAACAUUGGAUCUGAGAAUAUUGCAUCUGCCUAAAGGAAAUUUAAGACUAUUUGUAUCUUUUUUGUAUUGGAAGUGAUCCUGCUACAUAAUCAGUUUUCAGGGCCAGCGAAUAGGUCUGAAUCUGUUUCUGCCUGUGGGCUUCAUAGUUGUGCAAUACCAGUUUUAUAUUUUUCUUUUGUUGUUGUUUUUACACACUCGUUUUCUCUCAUUUCAUUUUUUUUUUGUUGUUUUCCAGAGGUUUUAUUUUGCCUUUUUAAAGUAUCAAUCAAUAGGAGUUCAAAUGAUCAGGGUGCACUGUUUAUAAUUUGUUUUCUUCUUUCUGUAAAGUUAAUAUUCAAGUAGUGAGUGCGAGAGGCGAAGCAUUAAUUUAACCUGUGACCUCCCAAAGAACACACUUUCAUGUAAUCUGACUUGUUGGCUUGUUGUAAAUGACAUUGUUGGCGUGUAUUUCAACAACUGGAACCCUUUUUAAGAAAAAAAAGCUGCUAUAUAUUUAUACAUUUUUAACAUUACUAAAUCUGUAGGGAAUUUACAGAUAUUUUUCAUUUCAUGCAGUCUUUCUGAGCAGACCAAAUACUGUCUCAUUCGUCCAUUCGUACAAUAACUUGCCGCUGUCUUCUUCCUUUAAAGACAAGUUCACAAAAUAUUUGCAAUACAUUUUUGUACAGGGAUUAAAAAAAAAACACCACCCUCUUACAACCUUUACCAUAACCUGUGGAAAAUGACCUUUUCUACCGUUGAUGUGGAAAGAAUUUUUGCAAUGGGAUGUUUAGUAUUGAUGUAACCUUUAAAAUCUUCCAGUACUCUUGUCGUUGAUAGAUCGUUCGAACUUCCAUGCGAGUCCGAUAAUCUUGACGUGCUCUUGGAUUUUUAACCGCAACACGGUAUAAACUUGGAUACAAUGAGACCAGCAUUGUACAAGGCACUUCUUAACUCAGUACUUUUACAUUCUAACAGUGGUAUAUUUACAAAGAAAGUUUCAGUAACGCUGCAGUUUAAUGAACCAGGUCCAUUUAUCUGACUGCUGAAAUCGUCUUUCUAUGUCAAAUAGGUUUGUAUAUAAGCAUCCAUCGAAAACACAGUAGCCCCUUGUUGUAACUCUUUGGAAGCCAUAGAAAAAUUGUGUGGGGCCAUUUACAUGGUUUCUUUGUUUUAACAAGAUGAGUUAUACUUAGCACUGCACACUAUCACAAGCAUCUUGACUGUUGCACAGAGGGACAACUGUAUUUAGAUGGAUACAGUGAAAUAGAGUAGUGAUUUUUAAUACAAAACUAAGGAAUUGAGAUAAUUGGACAUUAUUCUAAUUUAUAAUCAGUUUUUUGGGGGCUGGAGGAGAAAUUCCCAGGGUCUUUUUUUUCCCUCAAAUUAUAAGUGGCCUGACUAAUAAUAGUUGAUAUUAACAUGGUUUUUCGGUUACUGGUGCAUAUUUGACUGUUUUAGAAUAAAAGGAGGGGGUGGGGGUGGGGCAGGCCAUGUAUUGCUGUCACGUAUGCUUUUAACAAGUUUGUAAUGCGUUUGAACCUCUGUGGAAAUCGCAACCAAAUUCUGUUGUAUAAAUCGGUGCAUGUAUCAUCCAUUUGUAACCUUGUUUUCUAACACUUAUAUAGCACAUGAGGUCAGCAAAUGUCAGGGUGCCAGUAACAGUUAAAUAUUAAGCAUAUUGUUAUAAUACUGUAUUGUGCAGAAAUUUAAAAUGUUGUACUUUUUUUUGGAACCUUCUACAUUUCUGUGAAGAUUCAGAAUCUCAGUCUAACACUACAUUUCAUUUCACAGGAACCAAAUCUUUGACACUGUGCCCAUAUGAAUGUGCUUUGGACCCGUUAUUGUGUGUAAUAAUAGGUUUGUUGGUCACAUUUAAUGGCAUUUUCUGUCCUCUCUUGGUGAACAUUGGCUGUUGCGUGUACAACUUUAAAAAAAAUGAUUUGUUUGCUGUUUUAAUGUCUAACUUUAAUCGAAAACAUCAUGUAAGGUUUCUUUAACAUUAAAUUGAGUUUUAAAAA